UUUCUCCUGCUCAGAUGGCCUAGAACUGCAAUUGCUAAUUGUAAGGGUUGUUCUCUUCACGCAGUUCACAAUGUAGAGAACAAUCUUAAGGCUUAUAGCAGCGUCUAUAAGCUACCUACUAUAAAGCUUAGAAGACCUUCUAAAAUCAGCAAUAAAGAUGGCAAAGCUCUGUUUAAGGAGUUAAUCUGCAGCAGAUGGAGAUACCAGGACAAACAAGCCUAUUAG